AUGAUCAGCAAGUCAGUCUUUUGCCUAAACUCAUUAAAAAUUGUCAUAAAAAAGUUCAGCAGCAAAAAAAUGGAAAAUUUGUCAGAUUUUUUUAUUCAAAAGGCCAAAACUGAGCUUAAUGAGACGGAGUCAAGGAAGGAGCAGUCGAUUAAGCAGUUUUACGAAUGGCUUAGUAAGCAUCCGUUCAUUAACAAGUUGGAUAUUGAACCAUUCCAAGUCAUCACAUUUCUUCGUGCCAGGAAGUACAAUAUGGACAAAGUUUUUGAGUGUUUCAACAAUUUUGUCAACUUUAAAAGAUGUGUUCCACAACUUUACGAUUUCCAUAGCUUUAAGGAACUCCUCGACAUUUAUAAUAAAGGACCAAUUUUAGUAAUGAACGAUCGUGACUCUGAUGGUCGUCGAAUUGUGCUCCUGAGGCAUAAAGUUCUUGAAGACUCUAAAGCUAGUUUUAUAAAUAUUUUAAAAUUGAGUCAUUUAAUUGGAGCGAGCUUAAUAGACGAGCCAGAAACUCAAAUUUGUGGACUUGUUAUGAUUCAUGAUUUUCGGAAUGUGACAUUUAAUUAUACUAAAAUUAUAGACACGAAUUUACUGUGUAAAAUAUUGACAAUGGCUGAUUCCAAUACAAUAAGAAUCAAGCAGAUCAAUUUUAUUGGUUUUCCGUCAUUUGCGAAUUCUCUAUUUGAGCUGGCCAAGUCAUUCCUGAAUAAUAAAAUGAAGAGCAGAUUAAAUUUAUUGAAAAAUAUUGAAGAUUUGACUAAAGUCAUGGAUGUAAAGAACUUGCCGGUUGAGUACGGAGGAACUGAUAAUCUUAAUGAUUGCUUGAAGCAGCGCAGAAAAGAUGUUGAAAAUCAAGCUCACAUUGCAAUCAAAUUUUUCGACAGUUUUGUGAUUGACGAGAAAAAGAUAAAAAUUUAUGAAAAUGAGAAAAGUUUUGAGGCUGUUGGGAGCUUCAGGAAGUUGGAAAUUGAUUAG